AUGAACUUUGAAACUAUCACAACCCUGGCUCUGAAGGUUGCCUUCGUACGGACGGCCCCACUUGCGACCAAGAAGCGCGUCAUAAAUCCUGCCGGGAAAUCGACUGUCUGUAUUCUUCACGAAUACUGUCAAAAUGUGAUGCGAAAACCGCCCACCUAUCGAACCGCGAUCCAGGAAACGGACAAGUCUCCGUACCGCGUCUCUGUUGUGAUUAACGACGUCGUCUACGCCGUGGGCUGCGGCGCCAGCAAGAAGCAAGCACGCUCCGAGGCAGCUCGCUUGGCGCUUGAGAAACUAAUCCCUGAUUACAAAAAGAUAAUGGAGUCGAGCUCGACGAAUGAGACGCAAUCAACAAAUAUCGAUAAGAACCUCAGAGUUUUCGACAACCUCCCGGUUACCGAUCGCGGUUUGUACGAACUCACCGUGCGAACCGCCUCUCUUUCACCUUACGCCAUCCUCACGGAGUGUUUAAAUCGCAGUUGCAUUCCUGAGAACGAUUUGCGGUCAAGCAUGACUUCGCUAGGGCGAAACCAACACUACUUUGAGCUUGGGAUUGGUGACAACAACGUCAAGGUACAUUGCAAAAAUAAACGCGAAGGCCGUCAUCUGGCGGCUCAGGAACUGCUGGCCCUCCUGCAUCCUCAAGUGAAGACAUGGGGCGGCAUGCUGGCAUUAUAUGGGCCAGGCAGCAAGCCGGACAAGAAAUGCGAUUCCGAGGCUAUCUUGGAUGCGCAAAUGCGCUCUCCAAACACCGUCAAGUCCAGCCUAAUCCGAUUGCUGAAGAUAAAAAUGCUGGAACUGGCCGACCAAUGGGUAAGUUCUUUCAGUGAGCAGACUGAUAGACACCUGCCUCAUGUUACUGUUCUGUGUGACUACGGAGCAUUUUAA